AUGAGGGAGUAUGGAAUGAGGGAUAAUGAUAUUCCAGAAUCUUCAGGGUCUAGGAGACCAGCCUUAGAAAGAUUUUCAGUGCAACAUCAAGAUAUCCUUACGCCUACAGAUAGAGGGUUGUCCCACUCAAGUAAUUUUCAGGAGGUGGAGAUCAGAGUUGAAGAAUUCCCAAUAACAAGGGUUGGUAACCCUUCAAAUCGGCCAAUAGAGCUCUCCCCCCCACAGAGAAGGAAUAGUAUCCAUAACGGAGAAGGUAUGACUUUACCUGAACUUAACUCUCCGAUAGUCCCUUCGUCGCAUUCCCAGGAGAAACGUCCUCUGGCUCUCCGUCUUGAAGAUAGACUUGAGGAUGCUAGAGAAGUCUCCUUCUUGGGAACUAGUGCUAUGCAGAUUGAGGGCAGAGCCUGGCUCAACAAGCAGAGGCUUACAAGGGACUGA